CCGCGCCCGGUUUGUGUUGAGCUCGCUUGCUCUUUGUCCUCCAUUAUUGCUUGGAUUCUCUGUUCCAGACUGUACGGCGCAGGCCCGCUGUAGCGCAGCCGCUCUGAGUGUGUUCUAGAUUAGCAUCCCCCAAUGGAAGAUCACGGAGUGGGUCAGGUUGAGCAUAUGGCCACCAUCGAGGCCCAUGCGGUGGCCCAGCAGGUUCAACAGGUCCACGUGGCCACCUACACGGAGCACAACAUGCUGAGCGCAGACGAGGACUCUCCCUCCUCACCCGAGGACACCUCUUACGAUGACUCGGACAUCCUGAACUCCACGGGCACCGAUGAGGUCACCGCUCACCUGGCUGCUGCAGGUCCAGUGGGAAUGGCAGCAGCUGCUGCUGUGGCAACCGGGAAGAAACGGAAGCGACCGCACAUCUUUGAGUCAAACCCCUCAAUCCGCAAGAGGCAGCAGACUCGAUUGCUGAGGAAGCUGAGAGCAACUUUAGACGAAUACACAACUAGAGUGGGUCAGCAGGCAAUAGUGCUAUGUAUCUCUCCCUCCAAGCCCAAUGCACUUUUUAAAGUGUUCGGGGCAGCUCCACUGGAGAAUGUGGUCAGGAAGUACAAGAGCAUGAUUCUGGAAGACCUGGAGACAGCACUGGCAGAACAUGCUCCUCCGCCCUCAGAAAUCAGCUCAGAGCUGCCGCCCCUCACCAUUGAUGGGAUCCCAGUGUCCGUCGAUAAGAUGACGCAGGCCCAGUUGCGAGCAUUCAUCCCAGAGAUGCUAAAGUAUUCAACAGGCAGAGGCAAACCGGGUUGGGGCAAGGAGAGCUGCAAGCCCAUCUGGUGGCCGGACGACAUCCCGUGGGCUAACGUGCGCAGUGAUGUGCGCACAGAGGAACAGAAACAGAGGGUUUCUUGGACACAAGCUCUGAGGACCAUUGUAAAGAACUGUUACAAACAGCAUGGCCGGGAGGACCUGCUCUAUGCAUUCGAUGAUCAGCAGCCACAGCAGCAGCAUAUAGCAACUUCAGCCACGCACAGCAUUGCCCACCUCGUUCCCUCACAGACUGUGGUACAGACCAUCAGUAACCCCGACGGCACUGUGUCUCUCAUACAAUAUUCGCAGGUCGGUACGGGAGCAACAGUAGCGACUCUUGCAGACGCCUCGGAGCUGCCAGGAACAGUGACAGUGGCACAGGUCAACUACUCCACGGUAACUGACGGAGAGAUUUUUCAGAAAGGUCGGCCUUUGACGUGCUACUUUGGGGUUCCAACUGAAAGAUCCCCUUUAAGUCAGGUGGAACAGAACUGGGCAACGCUCCAAGGAGGGGAGAUGACAAUCCAGACCACCCAAGCCUCUGAGGCCACGCAAGCUGUGGCAUCAUUAGCAGAGGCAGCAGUGGCAGCUUCCCAGGAGAUGCAGCAGGGAGCAACAGUAACCAUGGCGCUCAACAGUGAAGCAGCCGCCCAUGCAGUAGCUACACUGGCUGAAGCAACCCUACAUGGAGGGGGGCAGAUUGUGCUUGCGGGAGAGACUGCGGCUGCUGUUGGAGCGCUUACAGGCGUCCCUGACGCUAACGCCCUGGCCUUGGUCUGCUGCAGAGGGCAACUGUAUCUCUCUCUUUGCUAAAAUCUUCCAGUGACCUAACCUUAGCCUGCGACAGCUUGUGUUGCUCUAAAGAAGCUCAUGUGACUGCAGUAAUCCACAAGCAGUAAACAGCUGGGCUGGAAGCUGCCGGCUCAAUCGCACGAUUGUUCCGCACUGCAGGCACGGUCUUGUUGACAACAUGCCCUGGGCUACUAUCUUUGAUUCAAGACAAACUGCACCAGUCGGGACAGCCAGUAAACUAUCAAGUCAUUACAGAAGUUAUUGCCUCAUAGCCAUGUGUCCUGUAACUUUCAAUAAAAAAUAGCAAGUUGUAAACCUUUUUUGUUUUGCAUAGUAAUGCAUGCAUUAUCUGUUAUAUUCCUGAAAUACUUUUUUUUUUAUCCUGCACAUGUUCUUGUUAGUUAAUUAAUAUUUUUAUUCAUCAGAUUAAAUCUCUGUAGAUCAUAACAUUUUUCAGUACUCAAAAGUACUGUAAUUUUCUAAGCAUUUCUUGUUGUGAUUACAUUCUGUGUGUUUUGAUGGUAAUAAAAAAUCACUGUACGUUACUAUCCCUGUCCUUAAAAAAUAUAUCUGAGUCUCAGCCCUGCUGGGUGUGUGCGAAAUUUUCAAUCUUAUAUUCGAUGAACAUGUUAAAUGAAAAACUAACAUAGUAUAGUGUGUGUAUUAAGUAUGCUGUGUGAAAUAAGUAUGCAGUACACAUCGACACAUCCUCAUUGUUUGAUGAUGAUGGUUGCAGUCCAUUGUUGUACCUGCAAGGUGUAGUGUUGCAAUGUGCAAGUGUCCUUGUUUUGUAAGAAAGAGUUGUUUAAGCUAAACAUCUAGUAAUUGUUAAAAACCUAGGAGGCUGAUACAGUAAGCUAGUAUGUGCUGACAACAUACUGUAAAACAUUAAUUAAAGAAAAGGGUUAAGAACAAUUUCUCAAUAAAAAUGAAUUGGUCUGCAAUAUACACUAAUUAGAGAAAUAAUAUUAAAACAAGAACAUUCCAAUUUACACUAAUCAUUUAGGUGUGAGGUUAAUUGGACCUGGAGAAAUCCUAUUGCCCUGUUGCUGCCGCCACAGACUGUCACAUAGUUCAUAAUAAUAAUCAACAAUAAUAAUAUUAAUAACAAUAAUAAUUAGUGUAUUGAUGCUUAGUACUGCAUUGAAAUUUCUAAUAUUAUAGCAAUACAAUAAAAUUAAUUAAUGACAUUAAAAAAAGAUUAGCCUUAUCGUAGGACUUGUCAGACCAGAUGCAAAUGAAAGACACCCUUGUUGUAUCUGUGCAAUUUAAUCAAUGAUCUAAGAGGAGGAGAUGAACAGUCUGCAUCAGCAAAGGGGAAUCUGUAGUGGGGAUGAAAACUAUUAGGAGAGGGAUAUUGGUCAAAUGUUUUAUUUUUAAUAUAUUUUUAACCUAUGUCUUUUCCUAAUUAGCAGUGACAAAUAAUACAGAAUAUUCCCUUCAAGCCGUGGGGUUUCUCUGCACACAGCGAUCAGGACCCUUGUGUGGAAUAAAUAUACUGUUCUUUAUAUAAUUUCUUUGGAUUUAUUUGUUGUGGUGUAUAUCCUUACUACUGUGUGUGAGAAAACAAAAUUGGUUCACCAGAAGAUAGUCCUCUUAAUGUGGCUGGGGGCUGCCAUGAAUAAAUGGUUAAUUAUUCCCUAUGCCAGGGAUUCCUAUCACUGGCAAUGGGGAUAUAGUGGCGAUGUCCAUGCAUGUAUGUCACACUUCAUUGUUUUACAUGUAACUAUAGAACUGCUUAUCCAAUUGUGAUAAAACUUCUAAAAGAUGCUAUAGGGUGGCGUUGUGUAUGUAUGUAUGUUACAUUUUUACAUCCCUCUUGUUCUUGUGUGAAGGGGUCCAGGUAACUAUUCAUUUCAGGUUAUAUAUUUUAUCAUUGUGGAGUAGCCUCUUUUUAUUUGUUGACCUGGGGGAGUCCGAGGGUUUUCUGAUUGAAAGAUCAGCAAGACUUUGUUCCACCACCUAGGAUAGUGAAGGAAAGCUUUUAACAGGUGUGGGACACCUUCUGUAAAUGUAUUUAUUUUGUAUGUC